AUGCCUUGUGAGGUCGCAGCCGGAAGCCUACCUGGCCUACCUUCUGUGGUCCUCUCCCAAGCACGCUCUCGCCGCGAGGAUCUGCAGCAGGUGGCUUGGACCCUUUUGCGUUGGCUGCGCAAAGAAGCCCAUGUGGGUCCCACACAAGCCGAGGGCUUUUUCACAACCUUGCUUGCAGCUGUGAAGUUCUUGCGCAAGGAUAGUGAUAUGAACGUGAGAAUCCUUAGGUCAGGUGGUGCUGACUUCACAUCCUUUGGACAAGUUUCAAUCAGAAGCCAGAACGCCUCAUAA